UAUAGGCCUAGGGAUUGUCGGCCUAGGCAUAAGGUGGCCAUUUUAGUGCCUUACAGAGAUCGCGCUCUUCAUCUACGGAUAUUUUUAUAUAAUAUGCAUCCUUUUUUAAUGAAACAAAAGUUGGAAUACAGAAUAUUUAUUAUAGAACAAGCUGGAAUAGAUAUAUUUAACAGAGGGCGACUCUUUAAUGCUGGCUUCAAAGAAGUCAUGAAGUUAGGCAAAUGGCAAUGCGUAAUUUUCCAUGAUGUUGACCUAUUACCUCUAGAUGAUAGAAUCCUCUACACGUGCCCGAUAUGGCCGAGGAACAUGUGCGGUACUAUUGUGGAAGAAAAAGACCCAACAUUCCGUACAUUGUAUGGUGGUGUAUCUGCUAUGGACGUAAAACAUUUUUCAAAAGUUAACGGUUAUUCCAACUCGUAUUGGGGCUGGGGUGGUGAAGAUGAUGAUAUUUAUAAAAGGUUACACGAGGCUGGUAUUCCCGUAACGAAAUACGAUAAGCAAAUCGCGCUCUAUACAUCGCUACGACAUGUGAAGCAAGCGCCAAACAAAAACAGAUACAAACUUUUGAGAACAGCUCUAAAAAGAUCUAAAAAGGACGGAAUAUCAUCGUUGAAAUUCAAAGUCAUUUCAGUCACCCUUUUGCAUCUAUAUACACAUUUAGUAAUUGAUAUAAAUCCAAAGAAAGAAAAUGUACAGGAAAUAUAUUUUAAAUGAAAAAUUUAACUCCGGUUAGAUUUGAAAGUUAGAGAUCCCUGCCUAAGAAGAUCCCUUCCUCCCAUCCCAAUCCUUGGACAAUGGCGGAUUUUAAACAAAAAUUAUUAGUAAUCAUAUCAUUUAUAUGUGCUUGUAUCAUUACAUAUAGUAUAUACUUCAACAUUUUCAAGAAAUAUACAAAUAAAAAGUUAAAUUUCCCAGGUUAUAUUUUGAUCAUCUGAAACGCGUUUUGUUGUUUGAACUUUUUCUACUUGAUUUUCGCUUUUCGACGCACUUCAAAGAAUGAGGCAGGCAGUCGUCCGGAAAAUUAGGCGCCGAUUUUUUUUACCUGGUUGUGUAUUUCCAAGAUUUUCUAUAAUAGUCGGUUUACUUAAUAUAUUUUAUACUUUAGUAAAUAUAUUAUACAACUUAUAUUUGUAAAU